CUUCCUUCCCCUACCUUGUGCGGUGCGAGAGAGAGCGCGUGUGCCUCAGAGCCUCGGCACACAUCUUAUAAAAAAAAACCAAGAAAAAAACAAAAAAAAUCACAAAACCGAAAAAAACACCAACAAAAAACUACUUUUACUACCGCAGACCUCGGCGAAGCAGAGCGACGAGUGUUGUAGAGCAGUUUAAUAGACGCAGAAGAAGCAGCAGGCCUGAGGAGACCCUACACCGCGACCGCCGCCAUCUUUAAAACGGAAAACCGGAGAGCCAGAGAAAAGCGGACAAUCGGAAUCCAGCAGUGUUUAAAACCCUCCAGCCGUGAAGAUGAACCCCAGUGCGCCCAGUUACCCGAUGGCCUCUCUGUAUGUGGGCGAUCUGCACCCGGACGUGACGGAGGCGAUGCUUUAUGAGAAGUUCAGCCCGGCGGGACCCAUUCUGUCUAUCCGGGUGUGCAGAGACAUGAUGACCCGCCGCUCGCUCGGGUACGCCUAUGUCAACUUCCAGCAACCCGCAGACGCCGAGCGUGCUCUGGACACCAUGAACUUUGACGUGAUCAAGGGUCGCCCCGUGCGCAUCAUGUGGAGUCAGAGAGACCCGUCGCUGAGGAAGAGCGGUGUGGGAAACAUCUUCAUCAAAAACCUGGACAAAUCCAUCGAUAACAAGGCGCUGUACGACACCUUCUCCGCCUUCGGGAACAUCUUAUCCUGCAAGGUGGUUUGUGAUGAGAACGGCUCCAAAGGAUACGGCUUUGUGCACUUCGAGACCCACGAGGCCGCAGAAAGAGCCAUCGAGAAAAUGAACGGCAUGUUGCUCAAUGACCGCAAAGUGUUUGUGGGUCGCUUCAAAUCCCGUAAGGAGCGCGAGGCAGAGAUGGGCGCCCGCGCAAAAGAGUUCACCAACGUUUACAUCAAGAACUUCGGGGAGGACAUGGAUGACGAGAAGCUGAAGGAGAUCUUCUGCAAAUACGGUCCAGCUCUGAGCAUCCGCGUGAUGACUGACGACAGCGGCAAAUCUAAAGGCUUCGGUUUCGUGAGCUUCGAGAGACACGAGGAUGCACAGAGAGCUGUGGAUGAGAUGAAUGGGAAAGAGAUGAACGGGAAGCAGGUUUAUGUAGGCCGAGCGCAGAAGAAGGGAGAACGGCAGACAGAGCUCAAGCGCAAGUUUGAGCAGAUGAAGCAGGACCGCAUGACGCGCUACCAGGGAGUCAAUCUGUAUGUGAAGAAUCUGGAUGAUGGUUUGGAUGAUGAACGCCUGAGGAAGGAGUUUUCACCAUUCGGCACCAUCACUAGUGCUAAGGUGAUGAUGGAGGGCGGCCGCAGUAAAGGCUUUGGCUUCGUCUGCUUCUCGUCUCCAGAGGAAGCCACAAAAGCUGUGACUGAGAUGAACGGUCGUAUCGUGGCCACCAAGCCGCUGUACGUGGCUCUGGCUCAGAGGAAAGAGGAGCGGCAGGCGCAUCUCACCAGCCAGUACAUGCAGAGGAUGGCCAGCGUCAGAGCCGUCCCCAACCCCGUCCUCAACCCCUACCAGCCCGCGCCGCCCUCGGGAUACUUCAUGGCUGCUAUUCCACAGGCUCAGAAUCGUGCUGCUUACUAUCCCACCAGCCAGCUGGCGCAGCUCCGCCCCAGUCCUCGCUGGGCCACUCAGGGUGUCCGCCCUCAGCAUUUCCAGAAUAUGCCGAACGCCGCCGUCAGGCCGUCUGCUCCCCGUCCACAGACCUUCAAUGCGGUGCGUCCAGCCUCACAGGUCCCACGCAUGAUGCCAUCUCAGAGGAUGGGUUCUCAGGCGAUGGGUCCUCGCCCGGCUGCCGCUGGAGCAGCCACAGGAACGGCUCAGGUCAGAGGUGUCCCGCAGUACAAAUAUGCUCCUGGAGUCAGAAACCCACAGCAGCACAUGCCCACGCAGCCACAGGUGCCCAUGCAGCAGCCUGCGGUCCACGUUCAGGGUCAGGAGCCUCUGACUGCCUCAAUGUUGGCUGCAGCUCCUCCUCAGGAACAGAAGCAGAUGCUGGGUGAGCGUCUGUUCCCGCUCAUCCAGAACAUGCAUCCCAGUCUGGCUGGAAAAAUCACUGGAAUGUUGCUGGAAAUCGACAAUUCAGAGCUGCUCCACAUGCUGGAGUCCCCGGAGUCUCUGAGGUCAAAGGUGGAUGAAGCAGUAGCGGUGCUGCAGGCUCACCAGGCCAAAGAAGCAGCGCAGAAAUCAGUGCCCAGUCCUGCUGUGCCUGCCGUCUAACACAAGAAAUGAAGCUCUCCGGCUCUGUCUUCACCUCGAGGAUCGUAUUAAAAAAGAGAAUAAAUAUCGAAAAAGCAGAAACUCUCACAGAAAAAAAACACCACCAAAUUGAAAUCUCUGCCAGGUUGAGAGGCUACACCUCCACCUUGAUUUAUAUGAAAAAACCUACAAAAAAAUGGAAAACUUUUAAUUUUGAAAACGUCUAAACAUUCCUUUCUUUUUAUUCCUCUUAAUGAAUGCUCAUUGUCAAUUGUUCCUGCAGUUGAUGCGUUGAACAUUUGGAAAAAUUACAUUGACUUAAUAAAAAUUUAAACAUUUUA